AUGCCAGAGUCAAACCAAUCAUCUUCGCCCCCACCAGCAUACAUCCAUCACGUUGAUAUUCCUGCGACACACAUUGGAGUACUUAACAUGAAUUCCGAAGAAGCCUCAACGGUCCCGACAACCCUACAAACUGCCCCAACUUCCCACGAGAUAGUAGGAAAUCAAGUUCCGGCGACUCAACCAGUCAAUAAACAGAAUGUUACGGAUCUCACCACUCCGGCACCGGCGCCAGGUUCCAACGCAGCAGGGAGUUUAAACACCAGUUCUGCAACAUUGCUCUCAACACUCGAGCAAGCAAUUCAACGUUUAGAGUUGUCCCAGGAAGAUCGACUUAUUACACGACUUGAGACAGUUCUUUCCCGGCAGGCUGAGGUAGACACAAACUUGUCAAGCGGAAAGAGGGAAACUAGAAAGCCGAUCAAGCUCAAAGACGCCGUUGGGAGGCGAUUCAGCUUUCCUUAUCACCGAUGUGAAACUUGGGCAGGAAUCGAGGAACUCAUCAAAUCAGCCUUCCUACAUGUUGAUAUCAUAGGCCCUCAUGUGAAUGAAGGGCAUUAUGAUAUCAUGAAUCCUGCCGGUGAAGUCAUUCUCCCUCAACUCUGGGAAGAUCAUGUGCAGCCUGGAUGGGAGAUUUCCAUGUCGAUGUGGCCAAUUUCUGGUCCUAAGCCAAGGUUUCCACAACCAGCGCCAAAUGCGCCUGUGCAUGUAAUCGUUGAUCGAUUGCCUGGGCCACCGUUUGGGCCACCACCCCCCUGCUUCCGUUCGCAUUUUCCACCUAGAUACGAUUUGGAUAGUGAUUCAAUUGCCUCCAAGAAGAAAGGAAUUCUUGGAAUAUGGCAAAAGAUGAAAGGAAUAUUUACAAAGAAAAGGACAAAUUAUGACUCAGAUAGCAGUAGCUCAUUGUGUGAUGACUGA